AUGAAGGAAUUCUCCUGGUUCAAAAAGUCCCCUGUGCAUUGGAAGGAUGAUGACUUUUUUGGAUCCCAGUGUCUUAAUGGUCUCAACCCCCAUACGAUCAAACGUUGCUCAAGGCUUCCCAGCAACUUCCCCGUCACAGAGGAAAUGGUGGAAACUUUUCUGGCCAAUGGAAGCUCUCUGGCUGCUGAGAUGACGCUGCUGAUCCCCCAUCAUCGAGAGACCAUCUCUAUAAACAUCAGUGCUCAACUCCAUGGCCCUAUUGGAAUUUUUGGAAAUACUUCACUUGGACUGGAUGGAAUAGCGGAGCUAAUGAGAAGGAGUCUCUCCCAAACAACCUACAGUUCCCUCUGCCUGCCUGAAAACAUUGCAGCUAGAGGACUGGAGUCCAUCCCCAACUUUUACAGGGAUGAUGCCCUGAGGCUGUGGCGCAUCAUCAACAGCUUUGUCACGGCAAUGGUGGGAUAUUAUUAUCCUUGUGACAGUGAAGUUUCUGCAGAUUCUGAGCUCCAGGAAUGGGUCAAUGAGAUCUAUGGAUUUCUGGGAAAUAAUGACUCGGGCAUCCCUUCAAGCUUUCAAACUGUGGAGGAACUUACCAAGUUUGUCACUAUGGUGAUCUUCACAUCAUCAGUUCACCAUGCUGCGGUGGGCAGAUUCCACUCUUUUUCAGUUGCUGCUCUCUGUGUGUAUAUUUGGACUGCCACAAUCACUACACUUGGUUCAACAUCAGCAAGUGCUGCAUUUGCUUUGGCUGCUCCUUAAGAAGAGCAUGUCCCAACCACAUGUUACAGAGCACUGGAAGGAAGAUGACUUUUAUAGGUCCAAGUUUCUGAAUGCAAUCAACCCCAGUGGGAUCAAGCACUGCUCAGAGCUUCCUCCAAUUUUUAAAGUCACAGAGGAGAUGGUGAAGUCAUUCCUGGAAGAGGGAAGCUCUCUGCAGAAGGAAAUGAAGAGUCUCGACUGAAAACUAAAGGGGACAGAG